CUGACGAUGAGGAAGAGGUACUGAGCUCCCACUUCACUCAUUCACUCAUUUACUCCUGUAGCGAAAUAGUCUUCUGUGAUUGAUAGAAUACUCCUGAGCUCCUAAUGGUGUACUCGUGUUUGUGGUGACCUGAUGGAAUAAGUCACACUGAGAGCAAAUCCAAAGUUACACAUCCCUUGUUUCCCUGUGAACUCUGCCUACCAUGGGUCCCAAGUAUCAAGGCCUCAAACGCCGCCACCCUGACAGCACUACAGCAGCAGUGCACCAGGAUGACAGUGGCAGUGAAAGUGAUGAGAGUGACAGUGAAGGUGAAUUCCAGCAAGAUGACCAAGACAGUGGGCAAGACCAGAAGGGUGUGAAUUUUCAGGAAAUGACCAUGGAAGAGUUGCUGAAGUUGCAGGAGGACAUAGGAACCAAGGCUUUCCAAAAGAAGGUACUGAAGACAGGCAGUGGCAUUUUGAGCAGCACCAGUCCUGCUGUAGAACAGAAAAGAAAGUCAAUAAAGGUAAAACGAGCCAACAAGAAUGGACCUGCUGAAGUACCAAUGGUGCGGCACGCUGUCCCUCGUCUGGCCACCCUCCAGCCAGGACAGAACAUGAAGAGAAAGAUAACCCGAGACCCGCGGUUUGACGACCUCUCUGGAAAUCUUAACUUGAGGGCAUGGCAGGAGAACUAUGGUUUUCUAAAAGAGAUGAGGAAGAAGGAAAAGGAUAUAUUGAAAAAGGAAUGGAAAGAAGAAGUGGACCCAGAGAAAAGAAAGAGAAUGAAGUCCAUUGUACAGCGCAUGGAAAACCAAGAGAGGGAGCAAGCCAGGAAGGAGAGAGAGAAAGAGGUGAAGAGGCAGCAGCAGCAAGAGCAGCGGGAUGCCUUGCGUCAGGGCAGGAAGCCUAAGUUUUUACCCAACAAAGAGCGUAAAUUGUUGGUCAAGGCUGCUCACUUUGAAGAUCUGAAAAAGGGAAACAAAGUGGAAAAAUACCUUGAGAGGAAGGAAAAGCGCCUGAAUGCAAAAGAAAUGAAAAAGAGGAAGAAAUUCUAAG